AUAGAGUGUUCAAUGGAACAAACAAACAGUGGUAUACAUGUAGGCUCCAUAACACCAUCAAAAGUAACAUUCAUAAUGUUAGAGGGAGAAGUAGACACAUCUCAGAUGAACCUACCUGGGUUCACAGAUGAGGCCUACCCUGAUAUAUUCAACACCAUACCCCCUCAACCAUCUGAGAAGAAGCCAGGUCAACUGACACCCAAGCAACUGGAGCAGUUCUUUGAUAAGGGCUAUGUAUUGAUUAAGGAUUACCUAAAUGUGGAAGAGCUGAAUGCCUGUAAAGAUGCUAUAGAUGUUAUGGUUGAUGAUCUUGCUGAACAGCUUUUUGAGGAGAAGAAAAUAAAAAGGAAGUACAGGGAAUUUGGAUUUUACCAGAGGCUUGCUAGACUUGAGGAAGAUUGUCCAGGAGCAUGUGUCAUGCUGCAUAAAUUAGGCAAAUUGCCAAAGGCAUUCCGUGACCUCUGGUCAAAUGAAAAACUUCUCAACAUGAUGGAGCAGCUGAUAGGUCCAAACAUUGCUGGUCACCCUGUUUGGAAUCUUAGACCUAAAGUUCCACAGAAUGAGGCAACUACUGUACCUUGGCAUCAGGAUUGUGGCUACCUUGAUAGUGAUUCCUAUAGUGUUUUACAACCCACAGCCUGGAUUCCUCUAUUAGAUGCAACAGAAAAGAAUGGAUGCCUUCAGGUGAUAAGAAAUAGUCACAAGUCUGGGAAAGUUGCUAAACACAACUGUUGCUGGGGUACGACACAUUACGUGAUGCUGGAUGAAGAAGAAUCCCCUAAAAUACUAGGUUGUGACUUAAAGAAAGACAGGGUAACAUGUGAAGUGCCAUUUGGAGGCUUGCUGCUGUUCAACAACCUAGUGGUACAUAGAAGCUUGAACAACCUGUCCGACACAAUUCGUUGGAGCCUGGACCUGCGUUGGCAGACACAUGAGAAACUGUAUGGAUUCUAUGAUUUGAAGUUUGGAAUACCAAUGAGAAAGACUGCUGAUCCUCUUUACCAGAUUGACUGGUCUGAGUUUAAUGUUUCGAAGAAAUAUGACACGUCUAAUCUAUUGAUGCCAGGACCAUGGAUGAACAAGUGGCCAAUCACACAUCACAAUCAACACACCAAGGAGAUAAUAAAGGCAGGAGUGACAAGGCCCACGUGGCAUAAUUAAGACUUUGCACACGCCAGGCCCGUAGCCAGAGGGGGAGCUGGGGGAAGUUCUUUCAAAAUCAUGCAGUUUUUCACCAUUCUGAGAAUUUUUAGCAUUAUUUUUAGCCAAAAUUGUGAAAAAGCUCCCGCCUUGGAAAAAGCUCGCCC